UCCGCUACCGUAGUGUUUAUUUGGAAGGGGGCUCCGGUAGUUGUUGAGAUCAGUUCUGGUUUUCGUGUUCUACCUACUUGAGAAAGCCCAGAUGGGGUUAGCGGUAGCUUUUGUGCACCUGGAUAGGAGGUCUGAUUGACGGCCUCCAAGUUCAAGAAGGCGAAGAGUGCAAGUCAAUGUUUGGACCACAGAGCACAUCUCUGUCUUCUUGACUUGGUAGGAGUUAGCUUAGCCUACUUAAGAUUGACCCUACGGUAGCUCAUUUUUUUCUUUGGAGCUGUUUCAUUAUAGGUGGCAUUCAUCUAUAAUGAGUCUAAACUGAUCAGCUUGUCUCCAUUGUGGGAGCGAUACUCUGUUUAAUGAGGCGAUUCGUUCCUCCAUUUCAAGGUGCACUGAGUUGCAAGAGACAUGGUCACAGGGUGGAAGUGUUGCUUAUGUUUAGUUAAGGCAAAUCUCUGUUUAUGUCGUUUUUUUAAAGAAAAAACGUAUUAAUUGUGUAGUGGUGGACUUAAGUUCGCGUCAAUUGGCACAUAUCUCUCGAACAUUGUACCAUUUUUGGACGGCGACUUAAAGGGGACGUGCCGGAGCCUGUGCUUCUACGAGCAGGUUGGAAUACCCUGGUGUAGUUGCUUUCCUGGACCCUUGUAUGGCUUGGGUACAUGAAAAGUGAUGCAUACCUCUGAUUCCUAUUCUAGUCUAGGACAAUCCACCUAUGUAGGCGCAUGUAGCUCUUGAGUAGUUGGUAACUUCUGGACCAAAUGCUGCAAUAGUCAACCAUGGUUCAAGAGGUAGUUUGGUCGUCGCUGUAACCUGUCUCGGGGCCUUACAACAAACCAAAAUGAAGGCUUCUUCAGGAUGCCUGAGAUCCUCUUAGUUAUUUCAGAAUACAACUAGCUUUGGUCUUGGGCGACGAAUGACUUUCGCAUAUUUCCAGCACUAUAUUCCCAUUUGGUCGUCAAACAGAAAAAUGUUUUUAUUUUGUCAUUAAUGCAAAAAGUCCCUUGGAGGUAGAGGGAAUAAAAAAGGUCUUCAUGCUUCUUUUUCGAAUAUGGAUUGUUAAGCUCUUGUUCACUCAUACUUAAGCAUGCUUUCAUAAGUUUACUUUUUCAUUGGAUAUAGUGUGGUUCUUCAUAACCGAGCCGAACCCACUUAUACAGAACCGCUUGACGGUGAGCCGAGCUUAGUUCGAAACGAAUUUCUAGUGCGAGUUCGCGGAGGCAACCCAGGUUGCUCCUGAAGAAAAAGGAGAGCGUAUUUUUUAAACAAUUUUUCUAUUAUUACAUUACACAUUAUUUUUGCAUUAAAAUAUAAAAAAUCCUACUCUGCUACAGAAAGUAGAAACCAGUCAAGCACUAAAGGAAGAGACUGAUGAGGAUAUGGGAUCGCUUAUUUUAAUGUCUUACGACCGUUGCUUCUUCAACAAGGUUCUGCAUGUAUUGCAAAAUUUUGAUAGUUUUAUUAGUUCAGUUCUUAUUGUGUCUCCCAUUUAGUCGGAGCAGCCCUUUGGAUAAAAGUUCAAUUUUCAGAUUCCUGGUAUAUGGAUAAAAAACCAGGAAAAAAGUAAAACAGACCUUUUCUAAAAAACCGAAGGGCAAACAGGUAUUCUGAAAACCAGACAAUGUUCUGGACUUCAAAGAAAGGGGCGUCUCUCUCCGUGACGAACUGGUGUUGGAAGCGUCUUCCCUCCUCCUCUGUGUGUAGCAGCGGGCGAGGUUGAAAACAUGGAGGACGAGUGGACCAUCGUCAUCGGUCGCCGAUCCAAAGGCCGUUCCAGGAAGCCCAGGCCCUCCUUGCCCAAAACCACAGCCCCGUGUCGUGGCCUCUAUCCUCAUCAACCGCCACUGCAUUCUGACGACGACGACGACCACCUCGGCGAAUCACUCCUCCUCACCCGGAAGGUCGAGGCCUCCAUCAAGAAGCUCCAAGAAUCGUCCUUCUUCUCUGCCUUCCUGGAUCAGCUUCAGUCCCCACCCUUCCGGACCAAACUCGACCAAGUUCUGGGUUCUCACCCUCUGAUCAAGAUGGUCGUGUAUGGCAUCGGCAGCAUCGCGUCCUGCGAGCGUGCUCGCCUCCAGUUUGCAUUCGCUGUCCUCCUCCGCCGUGCUUUGGGCUUCGUCGCUGGCAUCGAGGUCUUCGACCCCGUCAUCUCUCCCGUCGAGUCGAAGGUUAUGGAGUCCUUUGACUUCUCGAUGAUCCCAACUGAUGAGCAAGGCCGGAGGGUCGCCCACGAGCCCACCUUGUUCUUCAUGCCGCACUGUGAAGCGGUUCUGUACAACAAUCUCUUGGAAGCGAAUUGGGGAUCCCCGUUAUUGAAGAGAAUCGUUGUUUUGGGGAACAGUUUCAGUGGUUACGAACAAUUCGUUUCGGAAUUUAGAGGGGCGCACAUUGCCGGCUCGACGAAUUACAUCAUAGGGGUGAGGGAGCACACUGAAGAGAUUGAGGUCAAGGUGGAUGAGGAAUUUUUCUUGCCGUUCCACGACACCAGUUGGCAUUUCUUCGAACUGGGUUCUGAUUCGGAGUUGCCUAUAGGAGUUUGAGAUAAUAGGUCGACUGACAGAGUUGCUGGGCAUACUUCGGAAAAGUUUUCGCAUUUCAUUGAGCUGAAUUUCUGUUGGGAGUUCUAAUUUGUAGAUGAGAAGUUAAUGGGGUGAUAACUCGACGACAUUUACCGAAAAAAGAUUAAAUUUAUUGUAAAUGUUUCAGAAAUUGUGGGAGGACUAGUUCAAGGUUGGUCAUCGCA